GUAGAUCCCUCAAAAAACGGUGGCUCAAUAGACACGUGAUAAAGCGUUUGUUAGAUAAAGCCCCCAAAUACCUUUGCAUUAUUGCAGUAUUUAUGUUACUUAAGACAUUUCUAAACAGUGAAGGGUUCAAAGGUCACCAAAACUCAAAACUGUCACUCACUUCCCAUAGGGAACUACAAACAAGUUUGCGUGAUGAGGCAUGAGAUUCCAAUCACCCAAUCGCCUUCGAUUUCUUAGUCACGUGCUAAUGUUGACCAAUGGUUAGCGUAGCGGAUGUUGUAGGUUGUCUCACGAAGAAGACAGCUGUCUGUCUGGAAAGACGUAGAAGUUGCAGUCGACAAUGUUAUAAAUCAUUGCUUUUUUUAGCUGUUAAAUCCGUCUGUAUGUGCCCAUGACACAUGGUAGACUCGUUUUGAUAAGGAGAUUUUAAAAGGAGAUGAAAAAGCUCAAGCGAAAGAAACUCAACGGGGCGAAUGUACCUGUCACAAAAGAAGUGGACUGUGGGAGGAAACAGAAGUUAGCUGAGAUCCACCAGGCAUUAAACAGUGAUCCAGUGGACAUUGAGACCCUGAGGAGGGCUGCGGCCAGUAAGGGAGGACUGCUUACAAAUGAACUUCGCAGGAAAGUGUGGCCCAAACUGCUCAACAUCAACGUUUACGAGCUUCCAUAUAAACCUGGGAGAGAUGGACGGGAGAACCACAAGGACUACAACCAGGUGGUCCUGGAUGUCAGGAGAUCCAUGAAGCGCUUUCCGAAUGCGAUGCCGUCUGCAGAGCGAGCCGUGCUCCAGGAGCAACUCGUGGACAUCAUCCUUGAGGUUCUGAGGUGCAACCCGCAGCUCAACUACUACCAGGGCUACCAUGACGUGGCCGUCACGCUGCUGCUGGUCGUCGGGGAGCGGGUGGCCAUUGCCAUGUUGCACACUUUAUCGAAAUAUCAUCUCAGGGAUUUCAUGGAUCCAACAAUGGACAGCACCAAACAUAUUUUAAACUACCUCAUGCCUUUAUUGGAAGAAGUAGACAAAGAACUGCAUGACUUCAUGAUGAGAGCGGAGGUGGGAACCAUCUUUGCCCUGUCCUGGCUUAUCACGUGGUAUGGGCACGUCCUGUCUGAGUUCAAACACACACUGAGACUCUACGACUUAUUCUUGGCCUCACACCCCAUGAUGCCCAUCUACCUCGCUGCUACAAUCGUGUUGCACAGAGAGCAGGAGGUGAAGCAGACGGAAUGCGACAUGGCUAUGGUGCACUUCCUCCUCUCCCGCAUGCCCCAAGACCUCCCGUACGAACUCCUGAUCAGCCAGUCCCAAGACUUGUUCAACUGCUGCCCUCCCGCCUUGCUGGCUAAGCGGGUGGCGCUGCAUUCUCGUAAAAGCUUGUCCAUAAGCACCUUCAAGGCCUUUCAGCUCUCAACGCUCCACCAGAGGCCAGACUCUGUUCUCCAGUGUCUCACCAAGGCUCAGGCCUCUGCCACUUCAAGACCAGCUCGUCACUCGGGCCUGGACGUGGUUUUGCCCGCGAACGGAGGCCAGUGGUGGGGGAAGGGGAACAGGAUGGUGAAGAUGGCGGUGUGGGGGCUGUCAGCAACGCUAGGGGCGGCCGUUUUCGCUGUCGCCCAGACGGCCAUGGAGUGGGCACCCGACGCAUUGCUGCAGCUCUUCUGAUGGGCUUCUUCUUUGGCUUCCCCGCGAGGACAGCUGUUGGCCAUUAGCUUAGUUUUUUGUGUUUUUAUAGUGCAAAAUCACACAGAGGUGUUUGCCAUUUAAGAUAUUUUUGUUCUGUGUAUGUGUGUGAUUUAUAUGAUGUUAUCUUUUCUUUUCUUUUUUUGUUAGUGUGUUUGGGGGAAUUUCUCAGAACCAAAAAGUGCCCCUGGCCAAAUGAAAGAAAUAAUUUAUGAGCUGAAAACUUCUCAGUACGGAUGAAGAAAGAGGAAAAAAAAAGGGGGGUGUUGGUGCAAUUACUUGUUACACUGUGCACAUGCCUUAUAAUAAUAGACUUUUUUUUCCCCAAGAAGUUUGUCUAUUCCAAGGCUUUUACAUUAUCAGACCGUUGAGGCACACGCCCCCACCCCUGCUGAAUAAAUACAGGAAGCACUUAUGUUCUUUAAAUAUUAAGCGGGGUUGUGCCCAAACAGAGUAUUUAUUGCAGCAGAAACAUGAGGCUGUUUUAUUACAUGCAAUGGGAAGAAAAAAAUAUUUUUCUUAAAUUUAUUUAUUCAUCAGAAAAAGUAGCGUGUCAGAGGAACUUACAAAGAAUAUAAUUGUUUUAGAACCCGAAAUUGGAAUAUUAAUAAUACAGACGUACGAGUGUGUGUUAGCAAUGUAGCGUUUUCCCCAGCAAUGUCUGCGCCGUUUCCCGGCGUCUUCGGCUCUGAAAUAUUCAUCAGCUUUUACUCACACGCGCCGACUGCAUCUGUGAGCGCAAGUUCUCACAGCACAGACUUGGCCUCCCUUGGCUCGGCCUGCCCGUCAGGCUAAUGGCGAGCUACAAACAUUGAUCGCAAAAAUGUGUAUAUCCAAUUUUUGUUGAGGACUUUGUUCGGCCGACUAUCUCCGUGUUUCACAGAAUAGGUUCCAGCUACUAGCUACUUGGAGUUUCACUUAAGGCCUGUAGGUGUUGCUAACCUGCCUUUUAAACUGUUGUUGGUUAUCAAAACUAAUCAAGAAGACGACUUUUACGCCUUCUGCAGACUCGGAAUGCAAAUGGUAAAAAUAAUGCAAGCAACAAUGUGCUUUGAUGCGUGAUAAUCUCAAGGAAAGAGCUGAUACUCAUAGUUUUACUUAAGUCCUGUAAGUGUCACUGGCGUGCCUUUCAAACUAUUGCCAACUUUCAAAAUAAAUCAAGACAAAAACAUUUCCAGCUUCUGCGGACGCAGAAUUCCAAAACCUCAAAGAGAGACGCACCCUUCGAAAUGUGAGGUUAGCUACUUGCUGUUCUACUUAAGUCCUGUAGGUGUCGCUAGCGUGCCUUUCAAACUAUUGCCGACUGUCAAAAUAAAUCAAGACGACAACAUUUCCGGCUUCUGCAGACUCAGAAUUCCAAAACCUCGAAGAGAGAUGCACCUUUCUUAAUGUGACGUUAGCUACUUGCUGGUCUACUUAAGUCCUGUAGGUGUAACUGGCAUGCGUUUCAAACUGUUGCUGACUGUCAAAAUAAAUCAAGACCACAUUUCUGUUUCUGUUAGUGACGGUCUGUUGCAAGGCAGUUCUGUACAUGUCACAAGUCAGCGCUUCAAAAUGUUGCCUACUGAAAAGUCAAGAUGUAAACAAUAUUCUUUGACGUGUGCCGACAACUGAAAGAAAGGUUUAAGCUACUCGUAUUGUCACUUAAGUCUUGUAGGUGUCUGCUGAAAACUUCUUACGGCGCGAGUCCCCACUGCUAUUUAAGAUUGGUGUGAUCUCCUUCGGGGUUGCUGAGCUUGAGUAAUUAAAAAUCCCGUCAGUCUGUCACUCAAUUAACUAGUUUGUUAGUUGGCCACUUUUCUUGCAGCAGAAAGAAUGCAGAGACUUUUAUUGUUAAUCGCUUUAAUAGGCGCGCAGUAAAUCGGCGCCUCUCAGGUCAGUUUUGUUUUGUAUCUGUGUUGGUGCUCUUUAUGUACAGGCAUUGUUUUAAUUUCAACUGCCUGACUUUUUGUUAUAUGGACUCAUUAUGACUCACUGGGGUCAGUAAAAAUGAAAAUGAAUCCAAAAUAAUAAUAAAAACAAAAACUGGUUUUCAUGGUGUGCAUAUGGUUUUUGAAAUUUGAAAGUUUGGACACACUAGCCCAUGCUAUCAAGAGAAGGCGCGUCUAAACUUUUCACUGGUACCGUAUAUUCAUUACACAAACAUGCUUUUAACAAGUGUUUUACCGAAGGAAAAAACUAAUAUUUAAAUAUUUAUCACUGUAUUCCAAAGUAAUGAUGUUAAGUUAUGAAUACCCUGUGAAAUGGAGUUGUUUACAAACAAUAGGAUUGUAUACAAAAUGUAAUGCAAUGUCAUUACCCUGACGAAUUUUGUAGUAUUUAUACAAAAAGUAAUGCAAUGGAUUUUACGAACAACUUAUUUGGCAAAAAAAUAAAUAAAUCAAGAAGACAUUUUCACUGGGUACUAUGCUAAUGCUAAAAACAACGCUAACAUCAAGGCUUGUGUCUGUGCUGUUUUGCGUUUGCCAUUAAAUGGUGCGUAUAUCCAGAUAUCGUCAAAUGGCAUCCACUGAGAAUGGAAGUCAAAUAUUUGUGAAGUUAAAAACAAGAAUUUAGUAGUAUUGUGUGCAAAAUGUCAUGCACUGCAACUGCAACAAUUUAGUUUGAUUUGUACAAAAACUAAUGCAUUGCAACGACAAAAAGGUAGUAAGAUUUUGUACAAAAACUAUUGCAGUGAAGUGACUGUGGCUGCAAAAUACAUUCUGCAACCAAGCCCUCAUGUCAGCCUCUGUCACCUUACAAGCCCCCCAUCCCCCCACUCAGCCCUUCACUCUGUCAUGGAUCAGGGAACAUGUCGCAAAGUGCUUUGCAGGCAACACGUGUGCAGUGCACCCCUGCAUACUGAUGAUGUCUCCGCAGCUUCUGCUUGCCUGCCUGUACACCGCUUGGGAGUUCACUAGCUAGUAGAUGUACACAACAUUAAGCGCUGUAGUAAGUGGUACCUCGACUAUUUUGAGAUAUGAGCCGUCACUUGGAUGAUUUUUGUUUUGUCCUGUCCUUAUCGGAGUUUACUAGAAAACAAAACAUAAAACAAAGAGAAUUGUGUAUUUAACCAAACGCCACAUUACUUUGUCUGAUGAAAGGUUGCGAGCUUAAUGCUAACACACAAUGCAAAAUGCCAUAGACAGGCUUACGAAACUGCCAUCGAUGUGACACGGGCUCAUUCAUAACUCUUAUUUGGGCACAAACGGUGAAGCCACACAUGUAGAGAGACAAUGCGAAAAUCGAAUAAUCUUACUACAGUUUAUUGGGCAGUUUUGACCGUCUUCUGCAUGUAGCCUAUUUUGUAUGCAUGUGUUAUACUGACCCCGAGUGGCCAUAGUGCACACACCAGAAGAAGCAGCACUUUGACUCUAUGAAAUCCUGAUGCACUAACUGUUUAAUUCAUUACAUUCUAUUGUAAUAUGUUAAUACUACAUAUUUUGAAGGUACAAUAUUGUAGGGGGCUAUUUUUCUUAUUAAAAAAAAUAUAUUUUUAAUUGUUUUUUAGGGGGAAAGGAAGGGAUUAAUGGGAUUUGUAUUCAUCACAAUGGGGAAAGAGGAAUUGAGAUAUGACUGUUUUGAGAUGCGAGCGUGGUGAAAAAAAAUUAACUCGUAAGUCAAGGCACCACUGCAUUCUGAAGCUACUAUAUUACAGGGUAGGGUUACAUUUUUUUUAUGAGCUUAACACAGGUGGUAUGUUCACAUUUUUGUGUAUUAAAAACAACCUCAAAUAGAGCAACUACACACAAAUUUUCAUUUCAUCCCCUUGUGAAAUUGGAAUAUGCAUCCCAAUAAUGUCUGGUAUGGUAAAAUGUGGUCAUCUGUGAUUCAUGUUUAGCUUGAAUUAAACCGUAUUUGAAAGUA